CCGAUCCGUACGUAGUAAGUAAGGUGUCCUAUAUCCAGUACAGGUGUUUACAGGUGCGAGAAGGGUCGCUACACCAUCUUAGGUAUCUGUGUACACUAUAAUCACCACUCUAUCAGUACUUGCUGCUAACCAGACAAUAUGGCGGACUCCAAACCCCCCGUGAUACUAGCUGUGGACGGCAGUGACAAUGCUGACCAAGCAUUCGACUGGUACAUGAAGAAUUUCUACAAGCCCGGAGUCAAGUUGAUCCUACUUCACUGUCCGGAAAUAUACCUCUACGACUACAACAUGAGUCCAGGUCGAGUGUCUGAACUCCAGCGAGAGGUCAGUGAGAACACCACUGCGUUAAAGGAUAAAUGGGCAGCCAAGACUGCGGGAGCCGGGGUACCAGCGGAGUUUAUGAUAGAAUACUCACAGAAGCCAGGUCACGCUAUCGUAGAUGUUGCUAAUCGGGCUGGGGCAGGCUGCAUAGUGACAGGCACGCGUGGACUCGGGAAAGUCCGGCGGACAUUACUCGGUAGUGUAAGCGAUCACGUGAUCCAUCACGCCAGUUGUCCAGUCCUGGUUUGUCGUACCUAAGUUCAUAUAUGAUUUGGAAUAUUGUUCUCAAACUAAGCUUACCAUUAACAAUACGUUCAGUUGCGUUUUUCUAAUGAUCGCUGGAGAAGUAAAAUGUUCACGAGAUCAAGGCCACAUGAUGGAGAUGAACGUAACUUCCGGUGCAAAGGUUAGACCAAUCUGUUGUAUGCGCCCAACAUUGGAAACUGUGGUGACUUAUGUAAUAGUGACUACCCUGUAUAAUGUGAUGAACUUUCAUUACACUUGUUUUUCAGUGUCGGUUUGUAAUCGAUGGUCUGGCUUGUUGCCCGGGUGAUGUCAUCAGACAUGUUUGAAGUUUCCAUUACAGAACCUUUAUUCUAAACGUAACCUGGUAUGCUAUAAUUGUAUGUCUUUGUGGCAUAGAUGAGUAAAUAAUGGAAAUAUGACCAGAGUUAUUUUAAUACUUAAAGAUACGUCAUCGUGUCUGAACGUUGCUAGGCGACGCUAUCAGAAAACAGAACAUCACAAACCGCUCCACAUUGACAAGGGUGCGUUAGCUAUCUCCUUUUCUACGUCAUGUAUCCUUCCUGGAUGUGAUCUGAUCUGGCUUCAGUGUGGUCGUUCAACGUUAUUGAUGAAUCUCGUUAGAUUGAUUAUAUUUUACUCCUAUCAGCAUAUCGGUGAUUUAUGUACCGUGUCCAAGUAUAUUUUUUUAAUCUUACAAAUGUUCACAUUUCAUAUUUGGAAUGCUUCAUGCUGGCAUAUUGGCAUGACUAAGCAAGAUAAAACACUGCACUAUGUAAACGGCACACGUAGAUAAACGUUUAAGAUUAAAUCCACAAGUGUAAUUAAAAUAUGCGGCAUUAAACACGCCAUCUACAUGUACUACACCUCUAGAUCUGUGUACGUGAUCCAUGCCAUGUAUAAUGUAUGCCUUCCACUUGUGAUAUAUAGCCUGUGAGUGUUUUCAGACCACCAGAUUCACUCUGAUAUAUAUACAGCGUAGGGCCAAACACAUUUGUUUUCAACCAGAUUUAUUUUUUUCAUGCAAUUUUAUACUUUUUUUUAAGUGUUACCGGGUCUAAUUGAUACAUUUCUAAACCAUUAUAUCAAAAUAAUUUCAUACACUUGUAUUGACUCGAUUUCGAGGUAUGGCAAUUUUUUCAGAUGGGGUCGAUUUUGCUGCGCCAUUUUAUUCUUCGUCUUACAAAAGUAUGGCAGAAGAUUUGUUUUCCCGAGAAUAACUUGCUGUAUCUUACAAAGCAUUUCACGGAAAACAAUAUUUGAAAAAAAAGUUCAAUCCCGAUUAUUUUCUUUCAGCACGUUUAAUAUUAUUUUGGUGGUGCAGUGAUUUGUUGACGGAAGAUUUAAAUCAGAUCAAAACUCAAUUAGCAGGCACAUGCAUAGGCGACCCCAGGUAUAUAUGAGGAGAGCGAGUUUCUGUUUACAUUUUAUUUUCUAAACAAUAUGGCCUCUUUUCUAUUGAGGACUCAUCAAUGACUCAUGUCAAAAUAGCCUAAUCAGGCCCAAUGGUGCCAUAACUCCUUACACAAUAUCAAUUAUAUGAAUUUAACCAAUAUUUCACUUUUCAUUUACGACAUUGUAAUAUGAGUUUAACUGAAAUAUCCAAGUUUUAUGUACAUGUCUGAUUUAGACACUGUAGACAUGGGUUCUCGGUUAAUAUAAAGUCUGGCCCUGUCAUUGUUUGUACGUGACAUAUUAAGCAAUACCAUCUGCAGUAUAAUUAAUUAUUCAAACUAAUCUUACGUUUUUGCUUAGAAGAAAAGAUCAAAUCAAUUAGUAGCUCUCAGUAACAUGCAUGUGGAAAAGUGAUAAAAUAACCUUGUUAUUUUUGAAAGCGUAUCUUUUCACUCAGUAAUCAGUUAUUGUUGUCAAAUAUAGUUCUGAUAACGUGCGUGGUCACAUUCCAGGGCGAGGAUAUACCAGUAAACAUUCUCAUUUUCAAGUAUUUAAUAUUUCUUUGCUUAUAAGUGCUACAUAAAGAUUUCAAUAAAUAUCCUAUUUACAAG